AUGCGUCUCCGCGUCCGUGUUGGUGCUGACCUUCACUCCCUCGAGGUUGCACAUGUGAAUGACGAGACGAAGCCGACUGAGAUUGACUCUGAGCAUUUUGUCGGUCGCAUCUUUGUCAGGAUACGAGAUUUCGAAGGAGUAGCUCCCCAAGGCUGCCAGCCCGUUCGCACGUCCGAAUACUUCAACGGACGGAGUAGGAAGUUCCAUAUUCAGGUCGAGGGAAGGUUUAAGGGUGGUCCGUAUAACGGAGACCAAGUGUGGUUCGGAACGCAGUUCGAAAAGAUGGUCGCGAUUCCGGAGCUGGCUUUUAACGCUGGUAUGAAGGUCGCGAAGUAUAUCGACCCGGCCGUGUUCUACGAGAAGAAGGCUCCUCAUCCAUACGUCAUGUCCCCUUACCUCGCCUCGGUCAACACGCUCUCAGCAUGGCCAGCUCCUCAUAGAGAAGACCAGGCUGUAGUUGGACAUCGACAAUCAGCUGGUUUGGCAGAGUCAGACGACGAAUAUUGUUCCUCCGAGUCAGAAGAGGAGGAUCUACCAACUACUCCGCCCCAGCCGAAGGCUCUCUCCGCACUCCCCGCGCAUAUGCAGAAAACGGACCUCGCGCGACCAGGGAUGUCCCCGUCGUUUUACUCAUUUAAGGGGUUCAGAGACGACCCUAAGUACAAGCGGGUUGUCUCUCCUACGUCUACGUCGGGAUCGGGAUCAAGCACCCCCAUCACGCCCACGGAAUGGACAGGUACUUUGGGUAUGCACCAGAGGCCGGAGGAGCUAAGUCAGCUACCACCUUUCGAAUUCGAUUUCGACAGUGACGAGGAGGAUGAUACAGCAUCAUUCUUCACUGCCCGCGAAGGACCGGAGGAGGAUCCCUUUGACGACGUUGUCGUGAGAACGUCGAGAGCGAGGGCGCCUUCUGUUCCCGCCGGGCCGGAAGAUGAAGACGUCGUUAUAGAUGCGGUUGUGGCGGACGACACAUCCAUCAAUGAAGGUGUGCAUGAGCACAAAAAGCACCACUACCACAUCCACCCGAAGAAGUCCGCGAAGAAGAUCGCGAGGAAGUUGCACCUGAUGAAACCAAAGGAUCCUAACAAGGAAAAACACAAGGACGGGUCGAGUACGCCGGAGUCGCAUACACCUGAUGAGACACCGAGUCAUUCGCCGAGACGAAGUUUGAGUUUGAAGAAGAAGGAUAAGUCUGAGAAGACCAGUCCUCGGAACAGCGAGGAUACGACUCGUUCAGGGCAGAGUACUCCCUCCACGGUCGUCGGUCCCCGAAGCAGUAUGCACCUCCCCGCCACCGCCCGCGUAACGUCACCGCUUGCCGGACAACCUACUGAAGCACAAGUCCAUGCUUCGAACUCAUUCAUCUCGACGCAUCCCGGAUCCUCGAGGAGUUUGUUGCAGAUUGCGGAGCAGGCUCAUCAGGCGCAGGUGUUGAGGGAGGAUUCGAGGAAGGAUUCAGGGUUGGGACUGAUUAAUGAAAAUUUCAGAAAAGAUGGGGAUGAGAUCCCGGAAACGGGAGUGAGGAAGGCGAAGACUGAGCCCAUGGGUGAACCUUUAGGACUUCCGGGUCAGGUGGAAGGGCAAGGGUUGGUGACGCAGACUUCGAUGCCCGUUGGUGGGGUCACGCAAUGGUCAGGUGAGCCGCAGAUUGUGAGUGGGGUUCAGAACAUGACUACUGCGUCGCCUGAGCCGAUGCCCGUGGCACCAGUCAAGGAACGACACCACCACCACAAACACAGCCACGAGCACCGGCACAAGUCAUCUACGCCUAAAUCCCCGCCGCCGCCUGAUGAUGGUUUGUCGCAUAAAUUCGACAGGGAACUCGGACCAUGGAAGUUUAGGGAUCCGAAGGUGGAGCCGAUUGAGGAUGCAGGGUUUGUCGGAGCUGAUUUGCAUACGGUGAAGGAGAGAAGGAAGUACUUUGCCGGCAGUGUGGAGAAUCGGAAGAAGUUUGUGUUUGAUCCGGAUGUGGUUUACUGCAUGUCCUUCUUCAGCCCACACAUGAACUUCAACACAUUCGAUCUGAAAAUCGGUCCAGUAAGUAUCAACGUCCAUAAAUAUUUGCAGGGAAUGCCGGUGACGUAUAUGUGUCGUCACAGCGAUGAUGAGAAUCUUGUCUUUUGGGUUGUGGAGUUUGAUUUGGUUGAUUAGGUAUGGCCACGAGUAAUGCGCGCGAGCCUGCAGCCGAGCGUCGAUUUCUUUGUACGAUAUUGUGGGAGUUUUGGGCGCU